AUGAGUAGUGUGAACUCAGUUGGUCCUGGAGUCAUGCCUUCUACCGCCCCAGGGGUUACCAAUAAUCCAAACCCAGGUUUGCAAACCAUGGCUGGAGGAAACAGUAAUCAUAGUAUCCCAAACCCAAAUAAUCCUAAUGCCUCAAGAUCCCAGCAGCAGCAGCAGCAACAACAACAACAACAACAACAACAACAACAACAGCAACAACAACAACAGCAACAAAAACAACAGCAGCAGCAGCAACAACCGAAGCAGCAACAGCAACAGCAACAGCAGACAGAUGGAUGGCAGUAUGAUUUAUUGAAAUUCAUCCGGGUUUAUAAAACUUUGGGAAAUAAUCCAGCUGCAAGAAAAGAGUUGGCGUCAAGACUAUACUUCCCUCAGGAUACCCGCCAUAUUCUUGAAAAGUACCAAAAUCACUCGCCAUCGAUCGAAUUCAACAUCUUUCAAAACCAUUAUCGUUUCGGCCAUCAGGAUGGGGUGAUCGAUAAGAAAGACCCUUCGAUAAGAGAUUUCUUGAUCCACGUUGCCAGAGAGGAAAUCCCUCCAGAAAUGGUGGAGAUCUUGUACGAUGGAGGUAUCAGAUUAUAUGAUGGGUGCGUAAUUGUGAAAAUUAAUGAUCAUCGACAAUCAGUAAGAGGGGUCGAAAAGAAUAAUGAAAAUAAUGGUGCUGGUGGGGAGUCCGAUAAUACUGAAGCUGAAAAACCAAAGGACUCGACAGUGGAUCAUGUGAAACCUCAACCCCGAAGUUAUCGAACCGUGUUGAAACCUACUGCUUUAUCGAUAUAUCACGAUUUGCUUUACAUUUCUGAUCGAUUACCUUUACAAAAGCUCGAUGAUUUGCUACUCGACAUGGAAGCCAAAUUCUUACCAAUUUGUCAUCCGCAGCUAGAUUUAACCAUCCCAUUGAACCCGCUUGAUAAAAGCUGCCCCAGCUAUAUCAUUCCAUCUAUUGAAUUUCCUAAAAUUGAGCUGCUGAAUGAUAAUGAGGAAGUGAUCAAACAUUUACACCGUGAUGACUCUUGGAUGGGCAAAGUUACGAGGGCAGACUUACAUGACAACCUCAAUAGUAUACAUGGUAGUGAAUACGAAGAGUUUAUGUUAUUACUAUCUGACAAAGAUCCUAAUAACGCAUUUUCCAAUAAUAACAAUAAUAACAACAUGAAUAAAUUCCUGAGAUUACGUUUUGUUGAACAACUUCGGAAACGUCUUGGAAGGAAUAAGCUGCAAGUGAUCUCUGCAAAACUCCAAGGCACCACCAAUAACGGCAGUGCAGCAGGGCACCCUGCGGUCACCGCUGCUGUCAAUGGGCAAUUGCAACAAAUGAUGGCUUCUGGGGGUCCUCCUGGCAUGGUGAAACUGCCAGGAAUGAUGAAUAAUAACUCAGUGAAGAUGGAGGCCCCCGACGUGAAAAAUAUGAAUAUGCUGCCGAUGAUGAACAAUUUCAAUGUCAGUAGUCCUCAACAGAUGGGAGUACCAAAACCAUCGAAUAAUCUCAGGAACCCAAAGAAGAUUGGGGGUACUGGUGGUCAACAAACCAUGGCGGGAGGUCAACAACGUACUAAGCAGCAAAUGAUGGUAGGUAAAGGUAUGCCUGGGGAAAUUCCUGUACCUCCAGGAAGUGCGGUGCUUGCGAAUUUUCCCCCAGGUCAAGUUUCGGGGCAAACUAGUGGUGCUGGGUCACCUAAUAUGUCUAAACCUCAGCCACGUAAACGUAAUUACUCAACAAAGAAGCAAAGAGAUUCGAUGGCUGGGGGCCAGCAACCAGCGACGCCUCAAUCACUCCAACAAUCUCCGGUCGUUGGUAACUCGGUGAUCAUGGGUACUUCGCCAGUGAUGCCUCAGCAGCAAUCGAGGGUUAGCACUCCAGCGGCUAGUGAGACCAGUUUCAGUAAUUUCAGCCCACAAAUUGCCGCAGCUAAUAUGAGUGCUGGUAGUCCAGUGAUUGGUAAAAUGAAUAUGCAAGAUGUUGCUCGUCAAAAGCUUCAACAACAACAGCAAAUGGGUAACAUGGCCCAGCAUAUGCAAAUGAUGAAUCAACUCAAUAAGCAAGGAAUGAAUGGUGCAAAUGGGUUGCUAGAUAGUUUGAAUAUGAAUCCUAUGGGAAAUAUGGUUGUUAAUAAUGCCAAUGGUGGAGGAGGAAUGAAUGAUAAUGCCCAAAUGCUUAGAAACCAGCAAAUGAUUUUGAAUAACUUGCGGAAUUUGCAAAAUAUGAACCAAAUGAAUGGGAACGCUGGCCAACAGCAGCAGGUGGGUGGUAUAAACGGUAUAAAUCUCUUGGAUAAUUUGAAUAACGGUAAUGGGACAUCGAACGAUAGUAAUAAUAACCUUGACAAUGCCAAUGAUGGUAAUAACAAUAGUAAUAACAAUAAUAACAAUAAUGACAAUAAUGAUAAUAUGAACAACAAUUUCCAGAACAUGAUGCAAAUGCCAAUGAAUUCAGGGAACCAGAACAUGAUGGGUGCCAAUAACAAUACCAACAUUCAAGCGAUGAUGCAGAGUCUCGCUCAAAGACAACAAAUGUUGAAUAAUGCCAACAAUGGGAAUAACAAUACCAAUAAUGAUGGGAUUUCUGAUAAGAAUUCGGCAAUGAUGAAUAAUAUGAACAUGAAUUUGAACAUGAACCCUGGAAAUAUGAAUAACAUGAGAUUCAACAUUCAAAAUAUGUCACCCCAACAAGUCCAACAACUCCGGUUCUACCAACAGCAACUCCAAUUACGGAAUGCCAUGGCAAACGGUAACAAUGCCAAUAAUAACAUGAACCUCAACGCCGCGAUUAAUAACAUGAGACGUACUAGCAACGUUGGCGCGAUGGCCAAUGGUGCCGGAGGGGCCGGAGGACUAGGUAAUAGGAAUUUGAACAUGAUGGGUGGGGUAGGGGCCCUUAAUGCUCAGCAAUUGAAUCAAUUGAGUAACCAGUUGAAUUUGAAUCAGUUAGGAGGAGGGAUGAUGGGGAUGAAUAUGAACAACAAUGGCAAUAAUAAUGGGAACAUUAAUAAUAAUGGGAAUUGA